GUCAAAACCAUGUCACUGAAUCUGAAACGUAAAAGUCAAAUUUCUUAGUGGUGAAAGGACGUGUUAUCAGUUUUUGUUUACUUUAAUUUAAAAAAGUACACAAAAAGUUGCAACUUUCUAACCAUAACUAUUGUCUGGAGGGAUAUAAAAGUAAUGUAGGAAAAACUAUAGCUACAAUGGAGAAAGUCGAUACGGAAACGCUCCGGUCCGCUGCAUCGAAGUGGAGCUUGGGAGGUGAUAGGCAUCUGUUGAAUUUGUUGCAGAAUAUACAUCAGAAAAUUAUGACAAAAUGCACAGAGACAAAUGCAAAGAUGGAUGAAUUGGUGGAUACCCUCGAAACAGCUAGCGUGGACUUGCAAAAUGUAAAUAAUAAAUUUAUGGCGCUCAGUAACAACCAAUUUGUCGAAAGUCGAGUGUAUGAUGAUGAUAUUGAUGUACAGACAGCAUCUGCAACGCCGAAGGAGCCACAAACACAAACAGAUCCAGGUGAUGAGGUAGCGAUGAUGAAACAGAGCCUACUGGUGAUAGAGUCUAUGCACGAGCAAGUACAAAUACUCGACUCGGAUUCAUCUGAUGAUGAUGAUGAUGGAAGAUUGAUACUAAAGCCGAAGGACAUGUAUCACCACAGACCGCUGCCCUACGUCAUCGGAUCGCAGAUGUGGAGGAAGAAGUGGCACGCCGGUCUAAUGGUUGAAGACAGCGACACGGAUAGCGCGGGUUCGAAGCCGCCGCCCGGCGAGGUGUACUCCGAUUCGGAGCCGGAGCUGACAGACACGCAGACGGACAAACAGAUCAGGGAUGUAACGGUAACAAGUUCUAACACCAGCGCGGAGGUAAGCACCAACGCACAGACGAAACCCGAUGUGCCAAGACCGUGUCGGCCGGCGGACGUCGCCGCUGAGCUGGCGCGGCGACUCGGCGGGGAGGUGAGACCGAUAGACAAUAUUCUUCAGAUACCACCUCCACCUUCGAUCCCAGUGGACCUGCCGCCCGCCACCGGCAAGGUGUAUCGACCUGCACAACCCGCAACAGCGACAAUAUUCUCAAAUGAACCGCCGCCUCUAGACCAGUGUGCGUCGGAAGACGAAGAGAGCGAAGACGACAUAUUUGCUGAAUUACACAAGAACCGCUAUACCCCUAAUGAUAGGGUUGCGAAUAAUAACGUAGUCGACGCACUGUUUGGGGACAGUCCCAAUGUUAUUGAAAAGGUGACCUCAAAUAGCACUAAUAAACGACCGGUAUUCGACGAUGAAUCAGAACCGGAGCUCUUUGUUGAAAAACCAAAAGAAAUAAUCCCUGAGCCUAGAGAGGAAGCAUUUAAGAAACCAGUGGGUGGUAUAUCUCUAUUCGGAUCGAACAAGGAUUCCAACAGCAUUGGAGCGGCCAUCUUGAAACGGAAUCAACGUAAAUCAUCUUCGAGUGAAGAAGAUGCUCCAGAAACACAACCUGAACCUAAACUUGUACCAAAUAAAAGUAUAAUAGAAGAUUUGUUUGUAAAACCAAAAGUUAAGAAACCAGUUGCAAUUAAAAAUACAAAUAAAGAAGUUAAAAAGGAUAAAGAAGUAAAAACAGAAGAGAAAGCGAAAGAAAAGAAAGUAGACUUGUUCAGCGACGAUCUCUUCGAUGAUAUAGAUGAUAUAUUUACCAGUAAAGUUAUAACGAAACGACCGGAAAACAAUAAAUCUAUAUUCGAUGAUGAUUUGUUCAACGAUAUCGCAGUUAGUAAAGAUAAACCGAAAGAAGUUAAAAGUAUAUUUGAUGAUGAUGAUGAUGAUCUUUUUAGCGAUGUUAAAGUCGCUAAGGAAAGUGUUAAAAGUACAACAGAGCCUCGGUUAGAUUCAGUUCAGAAAAGUGUAGAUACCAAAAGUAAUAAAGAUACAGUAAAUAAUGAUGAUCAUGAUUUGUUUAACGAAAAUGUUCUAUCAACGGAAAAUGUUAAACCCGCAAUAGAAUCCAACUCUAUUAGUAAAGCCAGUAAACCGAAAAGCAUAUUUGACGAUGAUAGUGAUGAUGAAUUAUUUAAAAAUAACACUGAAAUUGUCAACGCAACAAAUAUAAAGUCAAAUGGAACAAUAAAGGAUAACAGUAUUAAGGCAGAUGUUAAGAAAAACAAUAUAUUUGAUGAUGAAAGUGAUGAUGAUAUAUUCCACAAUAAUUCUCUCAGCGUUAAACCAGAUCUUGUGACCACAAAACAAAAUUCAAUUUCAUUCAACGACGACAAAGUUCACGAAGUUAUUGAAAGCAAAGCAGGCUCAAAAGAUAAUGUUCCUGAGGCUAACAUAAAUGAUAAUUACGUUCCAAAUGACAUAACCAAAAGAAGAAAUAUCUUUGAUGAUGACAGUGAAGAAGAGUUAUUUAGUGGCAAAAAGAAAACUGAACCAGAAAAUAAUAAAUUAUUGCAAGAAACAGAUGCGAAUGUUAAAGUUGAUGAAACUAGUAAAAACGGUGUUAUUAUUAGUGAAAAACAUGUUACGCAAACCUCUGUUAAUACUGCUACAAAUAGUAUUAAAGAUACAAGCAUUCCAGAGAAACGUGAAAAAGUUAAUGAUACUGACCCAAUAAAUGAAACACUUGUAUCGCAAAAUACCGAAAGUCAUAAUUCGUUAGACAGUCAGAACGAAAAUCUUAAUAUAAAUAAAAAGCCAACAGUAGUUACAAGUCCCAACAUAUUUGAUGAUGAUGAAAUCGAUGAUAUGUUUUCAAGUAAUGUAGAACAAUCAAAUUCGAAUAAAAUUGAAGAAUCACGCAACUCUGAAGUUGGUUCAAGUAUAAAUACAGUAGAAUCAGAUGCUUCACCAGAUACUGACGCUAUUAGUAGUAGAGAAACCAGUAGCAAUGUCCAAGAUGAGCAUGUAUCUGAUAAAACUCCACAACCGCCUGUGCCUGAUACGUCUAGUCAUAUAGAAAGUAAAAUUCUUGAAGAGAGAGAAGAAGAGUUGUCAGCAAAGUCCAAUGACGAUUUACAUGAAGCUAUAAAUCCAGACAUUGAAUAUAAGACUGAGACAAAUUCAGAUAUGUUCGCCACAAAUAAUAAAGACACAUUACAAGAACAACCUCCGGAAUCCAGUCUGUUCACAGAUAUAUUUAAUGAUAUGCCACCUGAAUUCGAAAAGCCGAAAGAGCCGAAAAAGAGCAAGAACGUCAAUGCACUUUUCGAUGAUGAUUCCGAUGAUGAGGCGUCGUUCUUUAAGAAAAGUGACGUCAUCACUGAAGAUGUACCUAGCCCAAGUUAUGACGCAAACGAAAGAUUCAGUAUAUUCCACGAUGAACCCCCUGCUAUUGAUGUUGAUUUCAUUUCUAAACCUGUUAAAUCAUCUAAAAAUAUAGAUAUUGAAGAAAUUCCGAAAAAACAUUUUGAUGAUUUUAAUUCGCAAGAUAUCUUUGGACAAAAUGUAAAAACUGAGGAAAAGAGCGAUUUUGCUCCAGGUAAUACAGUGGGAGAUAAAGUUGAAACGAACUUGGAAAGUAAUCUACACCCAGUAAAUUAUGAAUCUAAUAAAGUUAUUAGUGAGAGCAGUGGCUUAGAAGAUUCCAUUAGAUCUACUAACGCUAUGAUCACAGAGAAAAUCAAUAAAAUGCACAACGAUCAAAAUUUUGAUGCCAAUGUAGCAGCAAAACAAAAUAAAAGCAUUGGCAAAUUGAAACCUAUCAAUUUAAAUAUCAAUGUUAAUACAUUAUUACCUGGAGCGUCACCUAAGAAGUCGAAACCGAUUGAAAAUGUCGAUAACAUAGUUUCUUCAACACCGGAAAGUAGUGAAAAAGUAACUAAAGAGGUGAAAAACGUAAAUUUUGCAGACGAAAGAGAAUCGGCAAUUUUAAAAAAUGAAUUGUCCAAAGAGACAGCAAAAAUUGAAGUUGUUGAUGGAAUUGUUGCUUCAAAAUCGCAAAAUACCGAAAAAGUAACUAAAGACGAGAAAACCGUUAACUUUGAAGAUGAAAAAGAAUCGGCAAUUCUUAAUAACAAACUGUCAAAAGAGAGAGCAAAAAUACAAGUGAAGCGGCGUCCUUCCACUCGCAGGGCUAGAAAAGAAGCAGCGAGAAAGUCUGGCAUUGACUUUGGAGAUAGCAUAGACAAAACUGACAAUUCAGAUUCCAUAGAUGAACCAAAGAUACGACUUGUAACAGAUAAAAAAGAUGCGACGAAUUUAGAUGCAAAUCACAUGAAAGUUUCGCCAGAUAAGGAAACUAAUACACAAACAAAUGUGAGAGAUUUUAGUAACACAGACAAUAAAUUAAAUAGUGACAUAAUCAAUUCCCCCUCCGAUAAAAACACCACUGAUACAAUAAUACAAAGAAGUACUGACACUAAUUAUUCCAAACCAAAUAAAAACGUCACAUCCAAAGUAGUUUACAUUUUAAACGACGAAGACAUAUUUUCCGAUGUCAACAAAAAUCCCGAUGAAGCAAAACCUCAAAAUCACGAAAACAAAUCAAACAAUUCCCUCCCCAUUCCAACUACAGAAGAAGCUUCGAAAACUGAUAAAAAAUUCGACAGCAAUCACAACCCGAAUACAGAUAAAAAAGCGACCAUCUUUGAUUUGAGUGACAGUGACAGCGAACUCUUUGGCGCGAAAAAAGUGACAGUUGCUUCGAAAUCAAAACUUUUCGAAUCGGACAGCGAUGAUGAUUUGUUCGGUGGUAGAAGUAAGAGAGAGAUUGUCCGAGAAGAAGUUGUAAAACCAAAAGGCAAUUUAUUUGGUGAUGAGAGCGAUGAUGAAUUAUUCACCACCAAAGUGAGGAAACAGGAUGAAAAAACAUCUCACAGAGAACCAACAAGCAAACCGUCAGAACCAGUAUUCGAAGAUCCAUUGUCUAUGCUCACACAAGAUGAUGAAUGAAAAGCUUGUUCAUACGUGCUAGUCUCUCUAACGAUAAGUCCGAUUUCUAUGCGGUUUUACAGCUUUACACCAUAAUAGUUGUAAAAGGCGUCCAAUGCACUGGCAAGGUUUAAGAGAGUAAAUGAACGAUUUAUAUUUAUUUCAUAGUAUACAUCACUACAAAAAAAUAAUUUUACCGUUAUUAAAUCUAUGUUUUUGACGAAACGUUAAAAAUAUGAGUUACAUUUUUACAGAUAAAUUGGCAAGGACAUAUCUAUUAUGCAUUUAGUCGUUUAAAAAUAAAAAAGCAUUAAUAUUAAAAGAAUAUACGAUA